AUGGACAAGGUUUUGUUUGCUGUUCUUACACUAGUAUACAUGGAGCUUUCCAUGAGGGUUGUCACUGCCCCGAUCUGUGCCUAUAGACAGGCUGGAUGCCAUUCUCCUUCUCUGGCAGAUCUUUUUGAGAGGGUCAUACAACAGUCUUCAAGAAUGCAUGGCAUCUCCAGUGAUCUGCACUCUGAACUUGAGCAAUAUUUCUUUCCCAGGAUGAACGUCCUAGAAAAGUGCCGCACACAUGGCAUACUAACACCAGACGAUAAGGAGACUGCACAAAGGAUGAGGCGAGAACGACUGACAGAGGUGAUCCUGAGUCUGCUGGGGGCCUGGAGUGACCCGCUGUCUCAACUCCACUGUAGCAUGUCUCAGGAUCAGAAUCAAAACUUCACCCACCACAGCUACAGCAAGGCACUGGAGAUCAGUGAUAUGGUGCAGAAGCUGAGGGAGGGAAUGGCAAUAAUGGCUGAGAAGAUGAAGCUAUUGGGAGUUCUUGGUAACACUAUGGGGGACAUCUCUCCUGAGAGUUUAGUCCACUCUUCUGAACUUACCUUCUACAAACAAGGAGAACUCAACUCAUUGGACUAUCAUGACCUGCUAUACUGCUUCCGCAGAGACUCCAGCAAAGUCAAAAUGUAUCUCCGAAUCCUGAAAUGCACCAUCCUUCCUGGACUGGACUGUUAAUAGUGAUAGCAAAGCAGUCUACUUUAGUAUCUUCAAAAUUUGGCUGAAUAUAAAGGAGUCUAUGUUUUUCAUUUGCUUUGAGCCACAAAU